UUCUGAUACUUUCGACUGCAUAUAAAAGGACCAUCCAACCAUCCUAUGCAUUCCAGCACCAAAAGCUACAUUCGAACAUGUUCUCUCGUGCUUUCAUCUCCAUUGUUUUCAUCGCGGUUGCGGCCAUGAGUGCCAGUGUCAAAGCUGAGUGCGAUGACGGAACCCCAGGAUACACCCAUAUUGUCGUCUCCGGCGACACCUGUUUCGAUAUCGCCACCGAAGGAGGGAUCUCUGUCUCCCGACUUGAGGCUGCCAACCCUGGUAUCGAAUGCGACAAUUUGCAGAUUGGUGAUAGGCUCUGUGUCCCCCGUAACAGUGCUGCCCCGAGCAACAGUACUACCCCGAACAACAGUACUGCCCCGAGCCACUCGGCUCACCACAACAGCUCGCAUGUCUAAUUGCAUCUGAAGGAAGGCCGGAACGUUGUAUGGUGUAGCUGUAGUUUCACUGCUCCAUCUUAGACGAUCUCAGUCUUGUGACUUGCAGCUCCGAAUUCAUCAUAUUGUCUUUAUAUGCCAGU